UCACGUAAUGGCGGACACAGGCCCGGCAGGCGCGGCUGGGGGCGUAGCGCGCUGAGAAGUGGAGGGGGGGGUCCGGCUGUGAGGUAGCCCGCGAGGCGGUCGGCUGGAGCCGACCGGGUGCGGAGGCUGGGCAGCCGCCAGCCCUUCCUGUGGCGGAGGGCGACUGCGCGAGGCCAGGUUGUUUUUCAUCAUUUAGAACAUUGCCUGAAGCAGGUCCACCAUGCCGUUAGUAACGAGGAACAUCGAGCCAAGGCACCUGUGCCGUCAGACGUUGCCUAGUGUUAGAAGCAACGAGCUGGAAUGCGUGACCAACAUCACCCUGGCAAAUGUCAUCCGACAGCUGGGCAGCCUGAGUAAAUAUGCAGAGGACAUUUUUGGAGAGCUCUUUACUCAGGCAAACACCUUUGCCUGCCGAGUAAGCUCCCUUGCGGAAAGGGUCGACCGACUACAAGUUAAAGUCACUCAGCUGGAUCCCAAGGAAGAAGAAGUGUCACUACAAGGAAUCAACACUCGAAAGGCCUUCAGAAGCUCUACCACUCAAGACCAGAAGCUUUUUGACCGAAACUCACUCCCAGUGCCCGUGUUGGAGACCUACAAUACCUGUGACACCCCGCCUCCCCUCAACAAUCUUACCCCUUACAGGGAUGAUGGAAAAGAGGCACUCAAAUUCUACACCAACCCUUCGUACUUCUUUGAUCUUUGGAGGGAGAAGAUGCUGCAGGACACCAAGGAUAUCAUGAAAGAGAAGAGAAAGCAUAGGAAAGAAAAGAAAGAUAAUCCAAAUCGAGGAAAUGUAAACCCACGUAAAAUCAAGACGCGUAAGGAAGAGUGGGAGAAAAUGAAGAUGGGACAAGAAUUUGUGGAGUCCAAAGAAAAGCUGGGGCCUUCUGGCUAUUCACCAUCCUUGGUGUAUCAGAAUGGCAGCAUUGGCUCUGUUGAAAAUGUGGAUACAGGCACCUACCCACCACCGCCACAGUCAGACUCUGCCUCUUCACCUUCUCCUUCCUUCUCUGAGGACAACUUGCCUCCCCCGCCAGCAGAAUUCAGCUACCCAGCAGACAACCAAAGAGGAUCUGGCUUGGCUGGACCCAAAAGAACCAGCGUGGUCAGCCCCAGCCACCCACCUCCAGCUCCUCCUCUGGGCUCUCCACCAGGCCCCAAACCUGGGUUUGCGCCUCCACCUGCCCCUCCCCCUCCACCGCCAAUGAGCGUGCCGCCUCCACCACCUCCGGCAGGAUUUGGGUCUCCAGGGACUCCUCCGCCACCUUCUCCCCCAUCUUUUCCACCUCACCCUGAUUUUGCUGCCCCUCCCCCACCUCCCCCACCACCAGCAGCUGACUAUCCCCCACCACCUCCCUUGUCCCAACCAACAGGAGGAGGAGCCCCUCCUCCUCCUCCUCCUCCCCCGCCUCCCGGACCCCCACCUCUCCCCUUCAGUGGUGCAGAUGGCCAGCCCACCAUACCAUCACCACAUUCUGAGGCCACCAAGCCCAAGUCUUCCUUGCCUGCUGUGAGUGAUGCCCGGAGCGACCUGCUUUCUGCCAUCCGCCAAGGCUUUCAGCUGCGCAAGGUUGAAGAACAGCGGGAGCAAGAGAAGCGUGAUGUUGUGGGCAAUGAUGUGGCCACCAUACUGUCACGUCGCAUUGCUGUUGAGUACAGCGACUCUGAAGACGACUCCUCGGAGUUUGAUGAAGAUGACUGGUCGGAUUAACUCGUUCUGCCUGCUGCCCCCCCUCCCCUUUUUCUUUCCUUCCUUCCUGUCUUUGAUAUCUACCCUAACAAUCCCAUGGGGGAAAGGAAGGAAAAAAAAUUUUUUUUCAAGGGGCCAAAGCCUUCCCCGAAGCAACCAAAGAUAUAUCCAAGUGCUUCCUCCAAAUUGCCGUGCAUUUUCUCUCCAUUGCCAGGCCCUUGGGCUCCUGAGGGUCUGCAGCUGAGUUGCUCCUUCUUCCCUUCAAGUGACUGGUACAUAUUGGAAGGAA